AAUCAGUUACGCGUCUUGUGGAUUGCGGUGCGGUCGAAUGAACCAGUUGUAUAUCUGUGCAUUCAUAAAGUAAAAAUCUAGAAUGACUACUUAUUUCUCAUACCCGGAUGCAACUCUCCAAGAGGAAUUAAAGAAGACAGCGGAGGCUAUAGUCGCUCCUGGUAAAGGUAUCCUUGCUGUCGACGAGUCUAACGAGGGAAUCGGCAAACUCUUGGCGUCAGUUGGAUUAGAAAAUACCGAAAAUAACAGAAGAAGGUAUAGGCAGCUUUUGUUUACGACCGAUGAUGUGUUAUCAGAGAAUGUAUCUGCAGUAAUUUUAUUCGAUGAAACAGUUUACCAGAAAAGCGAUGAUGGAACACUUUUUAUUGAUUUAUUGAAACAAAAGAAUAUCAUACCUGGAAUUAAAGUAGACAGGGAUGUAGUGCCGCUCUAUUUGUCUGAAGAUGAAGUAACAACUCAAGGUCUGGAUGAUCUUGCUCAGCGUUGUGCUGUAUACAAAAAGCAGGGAUGUCGCUUCGCUAAAUGGCGCUGUCCACUAAAGAUUGGUGAACAUACACCUUCAGUGCAGGCCAUACAAGACACCGCGCAGGUUCUCGCUCGGUACGCCUCCAUCUGUCAGAGUCAAGGCCUUGUUCCUAUUGUCGAACCUGAUGUCCUAUUAGAUGGUGACCAUGAUAUUGUGAGAACUCAGAAGGUAACGGAAGUGGUACUGGCUGCAGUAUACAAGGCAUUAAACGAUCACCACGUCUUCUUAGAGGGAACAUUGCUCAAACCUAACAUGGUAACUCCCGGACAAGCCUGCCCUAAACGGAACACUCCAGAAGAGAUAGCAACAGCUACUGUCACAGCUUUACUUAGAGGAGUACCGGCUGCUGUACCAGGCAUAGCGUUCCUCUCCGGUGGACAAUCUGAAGACGAAGCAACUGUCAACUUGAACGCCAUCAACAACGUCCAGCUGAAGAAGCCCUGGGCGCUGACAUUUAGCUAUGGACGAGCGCUGCAGGCGUCUGUCUGGAAGACCUGGGCGGGGGAUGACGAGAAUGUUAAGAAAGCACAAAUGGAACUACUUAAGAGAGCUAAGGCUAACGGAUUGGCGUCUCUCGGCAAAUAUCAAGCUGGUGUCACAACUGCUGCUGCUGACAGCUCUAAUUACAACAAGAAUCAUAAAUACUAAAUAAACCAUCAUAUAACAAAGAGUAAUUCAUUUAUACAACCGUUGAGUGGAUAUUGGAUUUGAAAUUGAAAUAUAUUUCUAUUAGUUAAUUAAAAAUCAGUAAGUUUGUUCUUUACGCCUUCUUACA